AUGCGGUCGCACAAAGACGACUUUGUUUGCGGAAAUCGACUACCCAAUGUUCAGGUGCUCUUCUACGAUCUCACAGAGAUGGGAAAUGCAUCUUAUCAAGGUGUGAUGACAGCCGAAAAGUGGAGAGAAUUCUGUGGCACCUUGCUGGAGGCAAUCACUCUGCCAUCGAUGAAGCUCCUAGAGACAUAUGCGCCGCAGGGUAAGGGUGUCAAGGCGAGGAUGAAGAGCUGGGCUCAAGGCAUCAAGCUUCUUCGGCCCCUGAUACGGCUACGUGCGAAUGAUAGCCUGCCAGAUGCAUGUCAUGGUGUUGCUGACAUCCUCCGCAACAUCGAGCUAGACAUCCUCCUGAUGUCUAUGGAGACGGAUCAAGUGGAGAGCGAGGUUGACCUGGAGUAUCGCCGUGAGAGGCAGUGCCAGUGGGUCUCGCCUUACUUCCGUAGUUUAAAGCAGCGAGGUACCUCCACUUGGAGCCAGUCCGCAUCCAAUUCUGUGGCUUCGGUCUCCAUUGAGAGAGAAACGCGGGAAACGGCGCGCUUCCCCUUGUUGGAGGGCUCUUCCUUUCAGAAGAUCCUACUGCAGGAGGUGAGGCAACACCUGACCCCUGCUGUGCUGCGAGUGCUGGGGGUGGCGCGCGGCAUUCAGCUGUGCCAGGCCGACCCAGAACGUGCUCGCCGGGCUGCACGGCAGCUACCAGAUGUCUUGUACACCGAGAUGGAGCGAAACUGCUUCCGUGUGCUUGGCUGCCAGUCGCCAUGGUUGAGCUCCCGACAUCGACAGGAGGUGCGGGUUCUGGAUAUGUUGCAGUCCAAGGUGACCCAGUGUCCGUGCAAAAUGGUUGCAAGUUGCUCCGAGUGUCUCUACGACCAUUGCAAAGCAAACGCUUUGGACUCCAGAAGUGACACGGCGCGUUGGAUGGCACGAUGUUGGAUCCAUUGUGAAAAGGGUUGGCCUCGCGAGGUGACCUAUGACACAGACACCGCCCAAAUCAUCGCAGAAGAGUUCUUGGCGCACAAGUUUCAGGCCACAGAAAAUACCCUGAAAGUCCUGGUGGAUUUGACCAAUCUCGGAUACGAAGAAGGGCCUGCGCUGUUUCUGAAUGCCGUGCAUCGCCAGCUGGACGUCUCCAGUGGCUUAGAACACCUCCUGCACUGUGCCGCGCAGCAGCGACGUUUGAGCCUGGCGCGCUUCGCGUUGCGCCUGGGGGCUGAGGUGUCAGCUCAGAGCCUGUCGUUGGCAGCUGGCACAGGUCAUUUGGAGCUCUUUGAGCUCUUGUGGAAGAGCAGUUGUGCAUCUCUAAAGGACAAUCGUUCCAUGUACCAACACUUGCUACUGGAAGGAUGUAGGUCGGGUUCCGUUGAGAUUGUCACAAAGAUCAUGUCUUCAAUCCCGGAUCCCUGCGUGGAUUUCGAAUUUGAAGAUGAGAAGGGAAUCACCCCACUUUAUGUGGCUGCCACCUGGGGCCAUCCUGAGCUUGUGAAAUACCUUCUACAGAAGGAGGCCAAUCCCAGGCGCCGGGAUUUGAUGGGCAUGACGCCCUUGCGCGUGAUCUUACAGGCAGAGGCCAAAGUUAGCGGUGGAACAGUAGAUCGUCAGGCCCAGCGUUUCAAGGGCCUUCGCUUUGCUGAAGUGGUGGAGCUGCUGGAAGCCCAAUGUCUUCCUGAACCCAAUGUGGAGCGGCCGGCGCCCAACUGGUCCACCUGUUGCUUUCCAGCCAUGUUUGAUUGGCAGAGGAGGACCAUGAAGUUGGCGACGUUGACAGUCCCGGAGGCGUGCGGCAGCGAGGACACGACAGGUGCCAGCGCCUUCAGCGCACGAAGCAGUGGCUACAGCAGCUCCGUGCCAAGGCCCAGAGAGGCCGAAGCUGACGACGAGCUUUUGGCCACCUUCGGUUGA